AUGGCUACACUGCUCUUGUUUGCUUUGGUGUUUUCUAGCCAGCUUAUGGCUGGAAUCACUGCAUCACCAUCAUCUUUACCACCACCAUCUUAUGGAAACCGUACAUCCGUUCUGAGCAUAGACGGUGGUGGCAUCAGAGGCAUUAUUCCUGCAACAGUUCUUGAAUACUUAGACAAUGCUCUUAAGGCUAAGGAUCCAACAACAUCAUUGGCACAUUAUUUUGAUGUGAUAUCAGGAACAAGCACUGGUGGACUCAUGACUGCUAUGUUAGCAGCGCCAACCUCACCUCACUCCAAGCAUCCUCUCUUUAAUCCCUCCCAAGUCCUACAAUUCUACAAGAAAUAUGGUCCUGAAAUAUUUAAACCUAGAGCAUGGUAUGAUCCUGAAAAAUGUCCCAAGUAUGAUGGAGUGUUCUUACGAGAUAUAACUGGAAAGUUAUUGAAGGACACAAGACUGAAUCAAACAUUGACGAACGUGGUAAUAACAUCCUUCGACGAGAGGAAAAUCAAGCCAGUUAUAUUCUCAAACUUUAAGUUGAAGACAGCAACUUAUUUGAAUGCGAAACUCUCAGAUAUAGCCCUCGCAACUUCGGCUGCACCAACUUAUCUUCCAUCUCACCAAUUUGAGAAUGAUGGUGUUGAAUUUGAUUUGCUGGAUGGUGCUAUGGCUGCUAAUAAUCCAGCUGUGGUUGCUGUGAGUGAAGUGAUACAACACAGUGAGAAUAAAGAAAUCCUGUUGCUGUCGUUAGGAACUGGAACAACACAGAAGAACAAGUUAACUGGCAUCUUUGAUGUUGUGUGUCAAGUUGGAUGGCUAAUAAACAGCAUUGACGUUGUUAGUGAGGCUCUUUAUAGUACAAACAUGAUCCAUUACUACCUUGCAACAGUCUUCCCUGGCCUCUUGCCUCCAGAUAACUAUCUUCGAAUUGAGGAGUAUAACCUGGAUCCAUCUCUAGGAGAAAUGGAUAAUGCUGAUCCAAAAAACAUGGAAGAACUUGAAGAGGUAGGAAAAAACCUGUUGCAGGAAAAUGUUUCGAGGAUAAACAUCAACACUUUUAUCCCAUAUGAAAUAGACCAAACAAAUGCUGAAGCUCUUGACAGGUUGGCUGAGAAAUUAUAUGCAGAGAGACAGUUGCGUCUGAAAAGGAAAUCUAUGGCAAACGAAGGAAGCCCUUUUAUUGAAACUGUGAAAAUUUCUUCUGCAGAACUCCAUGCAGCUUAA